UCCUAUUAUUCUAUGGGCAGUCGUGCUUUCUCCCAUGAUAGUAUUUUUAUACCUGAUGGGAGAACCGAGAGUGAACAGGCCAUCCAAGCAAUGUCACAGGAGAACGUUUUAGGAAAAGUCAAAACACUCCAGCAACAGUUGGCCAAGAAUAUAAAAUUUGGGCAGCCUCCACAAAUGACAGUUUCUGCGAGGACAAUGGGGGAGGCAAACACCAGUGCAGAAGAGGAUGUGUUGUUCAGCAGCUCCAUGGAGGCUGAGACUCAGCAGGACACAGUGAUCUCAGAGAGUGGUAAUAAAUCCAGUGACAGUCUGGAUUUCUUGAGAACAAUGAAUUUGCCUGGAACAGGACAUGAAGUGGAAGAAAAGGUCAUUCCAGUGAAAUCAGCUCGGCCAAAAAGACAAUUUUCCUAUUCUGGCACAAUUGAAACAAUCAAUUUGGAUUCAGUUCCCCAGGCUGUUGCUCGUCUAGACAACAGUGCAGCUAAGCACAAGAUGUCAGUGAAGCCAAAAAAGCAGAGGAUGUCAAGAAAGCACAAGAGAUUAACAAAGGGAUCACAGAGUUUAACAAUAACAGAAUUUGAACCAGAUGACCUAGAAACUCCACUGUUUGGGGACAUAUAUCCAGGUUAUAAUGGACAUUUCACAGCAGACAGCCUAAUCCAGGACAGAGACGAGCAGAAGCAGCUUCAGAUGGCAGAAGAGCAAAGCAUUGAAGAUCACUUGGGGAUCCUUGAGGCUGAAAGGAUAAGACAGAUUAUGCAGAAAGAACAAGAGAAAAGGCAGGAAGAAGAGAGGAGGCAGCAUCUCCUUGAAGGAGAGACAUCUUUGAAAACAGAAGAGCAAACAUGCCACAAAGAGGAGAGAAGACUGAUGGAGGCUGAAAAGAGGCAAGACCUGGAGGAGCAGAAGUACCAGGAACUGGAGAAGCAGAGGCAGAAGGAGCUGGAGGAGCAACAAAGACGAGAGCUGGAGGUGCAGAAGCUCAAGGAACAGGAGGAGCAACAGAGACAAGAGCUGGAGGAGAAGACAGGAACGGAACGGGAGGAACAACAGAGAAAAGAGCUGGAGGAAGAGCAGACACAUCAGGAACUGGAGGAGCAGAAGCACCAGGAAUGGGAAGAGCAGAAGCACAAGGAGCUGGAGGAGAAAAAGAGACGAGAGCUGGAGGAGCAGAAGGGGCUAGCACUGGAAGAAUUAAGGCCGCACAGGAUUGAAAAAGAGUGUCAAGAGGAAGAAGAAAGAACUCGGCUGGAAAAACAAAAAGGACUCAAGGACCAAAAUAAGGGAGAAAUACAGAGACAAGAGCUAGAAGAGAAGGAGCUUCAAGAAAUAAAACAGAAGAAGGAGAAAGAACCUGACAGCCUCAAACAAGAGAAGAAACAGGAGGAACAAAGGCAGCAUCUGAAGGAGAAAGGAGAAAAGACAGAGAAGGAACAAUCCCAGCAAGUCAUGGAUAAGAAAAAGAAACGGGAAGACCAGAGGAAACACAAACUUACAAAACAAAUGCACAUGGAAAGUUCAGAGGGUGUGCCACAAGAUGAACCAAAGGAGCAAAAGGAACAAAAUAGACAAGAAUGGAACAAGCUAAAAGAGCAGAAGGCAGACACACAAGGACAAAAUCUUCAGCAAAACCAAGAAAAAUCCUUGGAACAGUCACAGAACAAAGAUGAGUUAUGUUCUGGAGGGGCUGAUAGGCAUCCAGUAGAGGAAAAGCUCCAAGGAUCAAGAGUGCAAAAACUCAAACAGCCAGAAAAAGGGACUAGAACAGCAGAAGAAAUGCUAGCCCAGAAACUGAAGAGGGAAGUUGAGGCUCAGGAGCAAAAGCGCAUAGGGGAAGAACUUCGGUGGCAAGAGGUAGAUGAAAGACAAACUGCAUCCAGACCCUUCACAUUUCAAGUGUCUUCUGGAGAUAAACAGAUCAUAUUUCAGAAAGUAAAUCUGAGCCCUGUCAUGCCCGUGAAAGGAGCAGGACUCUCUUCUUCCAAAGACUGCAGGAUGCACACAACCAGUCAGGGCUCUCAUACUCUCCCAUCAUCUGUGUGUGUACCCCACACAGCUAUUUUGGUUACUGGAGCACAGCUGUGUGGCACAGCAGUUGACCUGAACCAGAUAAAGGACACAGCUUGCAAAUCAUUACUUGGCUUAACAGAAGAGAGGAAAAAUGUGGAUAUUCCUUCACCAGAAAAGUCCCAGAAGAAAAAACACGAUCCCAAACCCAGCAGCAGUAAAAUGAAACAUGCACAAGAGACACUGAACAACCAGGCUGUACUAGCUGAGUGGGCCUCUAUCCGCUCCAGAAUCCUAAAGAAUGCAGAAAACAACAAAUAUAAUGAGACAGAUCAAGUCAGUGUCUGCAGGCACAGUGAUGACUGGACACCCCGAGGGCGAGGUACUCCCCAUGGCAACUUGAGGAAAACCCUCUCUGCAAAUGCCAAGUUUUCAAUAACACCAGCAUGGCAGAAAUUUUCAGAUGUUUCAAGAACCAGUUCAGAUGCUGAGAAUGUAAAUGUGGCAAAAGGCAAUGAAACAGUGGCUAUGGGGAGAACCACUGGCUCAGCUGCCGAUUCGAAGGAGAGCGUGGCUUCCGCUCUUAAGGAUAACUUAGCUGAAAAGGCUAAGGAGAAAAUGGAAACACACAGUGAAGUGACAGACAAUACAGAAGGCUGCAAAUUUGCAAAAGAUCUUCCAUCUUUUCUUGUUCCGAGUUUUUCUCAUCCUACAGGAAAAGAAUUACCCCAGUCAGAACUUCCCAGCGCUCUGGAAAAUCAGCAAAAUAACAGCACAAAAAAAGCAGAUAAACCAUCACCAAAUGGAGAAGAAAACGUUUCUCCUUUUGGCAUAAAGUUACGAAGGACAAACUACUCUUUACGUUUCCAUUAUGAUCAGCAGGCAGAGCAAAGGAAAAAGAAAAGAUACAGUGCAGGAGACAGUUUUGAUGGUGUGCCUGACCCACUCCCCUCAACAGAAGGUGAGAAAGAAUCCCCUGUUUUUGCUCCACAAGAGAAUACUUCACCUGGUGUGGGGAGAGCAAAUGUCCCUGGUAAUACAAAAGACUCUUCAGUUACUGUGGUGGAGUUUACACAACCAGUGGCCCCAGCAGCCUUUGGCCAGAGUGCUUUUCCCCCAGCAUGCAAGUCACUGGUCCCACAGAAACCUGCUUUAGCUCCAAAGCCCACCAGUCAGACCCCACCAUCGUCUCCUCUCUCUAAAAUGAACAGAUCAAACCUAUCUGAAACUCUGGGGCAAAGAGUAGCUAAAGCUGAAUCAGACAGUGGCUGGAGAAAAGAAGACAGAGCAAAUGCAGCACACCCCACACCAUCCAAUGAGUACAAAAAUGAAGAGGAAGAAAUAAAAGAAAAGAAGUCAUUUUUCCCAUCCCUAAGUAUUCCAUGGAGAGAAAAAAAUGACAAAAAGCCUGAGCCAUUGAAGAAAGAAAAGCCUGUCCUCCAGAGCAGGCAUUCUUUAGAUGGCUCUAAAUUGAUGGAAAAAGUGGAAACUUCACAACCGCUUUGGAUUACAUUAGCACUGCAAAAGCAAAAGGGAUUUCGUGAGCAGCAAGCUACGAGGGAAGAGAGGAGACAAGCCAGAGAGGCCAAGCAAGCAGAGAGGCUGGCUAAAGAAAUGGCUGCUCUGAAUAAUCAGUCAGAUAAUAAAAGCAGCAGCAGCAGCAAAACAAACACACUGCCGAAAUCAUCAACUCAGGAAGGGGAGAAGAAAAUUGAGACUACUGUGUCAAGACUAGAAAGAAGAGAGCAGCUGAAAAAGUCAAACACCCUUCCAACUUCUGUGACAGUGGAAAUUUCGGAUUCUGUUCCAUCAACCCCAGUGACAAAGGAGGUGGCCAAGAGAUUCUCUACACCUGAUGCUAACCCUGUGUCAACAGAACCAGCCUGGCUUGCGUUGGCCAAGAGGAAAGCAAAAGCCUGGAGUGACUGUCCACAGAUCAUAAAGUAAAAUGUAAAAUUCCAUCUAUAUUGCUGACUAUUAAUUGUUUUCUUUUAUUUAUGCUGCUUUUUACACAUGACAAAACUGAAAAUGCAUGUAUGGAAGGACUGAAAACUGAACUGAUAAUCAUUUUGCUCUACUAGCUCAGUGUAAAGUCUACUCAUAUAUUCCAUUGCUUUGACAAACAGCUAAAUGAGGUCACGGCAAAAAUUUCACAGCCAGACUCUCAAAAACUUAAGAAUGCUCAGAUACUGGAUGUAAAUUUUAGCAAGUAUCAUAAUAUGGGCCAGAACUUCAGUUCAGAAGUGUAUUAAAUUCUGUGGGUAUUUGGUUCUGGAAUUUUAGAUCUCUACACUUCAGUGGAGAUCGGAGAAAUUUUUUUUCAACACUUGUUGAAAUCAAGGCAAGAUGCAUGUUCCCUUCUCUUAUACAUAGUUAUUUCAAAAAAUGUUAAACUGUAUGAACUGUCAGUUCUGCCUGCUAUUUAAAAGCUUUUUUCCUA